AUGGCGGGCAUGCCCGUUCUGGGUAACAGCGUGGGCGCUGGGGAGCUGCGAGACAACAGCCGCGAGGCCAGCAACAGGUCUUCGAGUAGCGGUUCUCGUCGCGGCUCCUCCCCGCGCCAGCCACAGGCCACGCUUAGCGGUACUGGUGUAGUAACUCACACAGCACCAUCGUAUGAGGAACAGCGCGCAAACCCUGCGUUGCUGAGCCGUGGGGCGAGUGGCACGCCAGGGGGCAGGAGUGUGCGAGAUGAUGGAUACUGCUCAGCCAGCAGCACGCCUAGAGCAUUCGAUAACAAAUCAACGAAAGGCUCGGUUGUCACCUUGUCGUGUUACAAGAAGGAGCCCAAAAUACAAAUAGAAGAAGAAUGUUUUUAUAGUGAGCCGUCGAAAAAACUCAGAACGAAUAGUAUCAAACCGGACGAAGGUGACGGGCGCGAGACGUGGGGUACUGGUGCAGACUUUCUGCUUUCCAUCAUCGGCUUUGCAGUCGACCUCGCUAAUGUUUGGCGCUUUCCCUAUCUAUGCUACAGAAAUGGAGGCGGAGCGUUCCUGAUUCCUUACACGCUGAUGCUGGUGUUUGGAGCUGUGCCCCUGUUCUACAUGGAGCUCAUCCUCGGACAGUACAAUCGUCAAGGACCUAUAACUCUAUGGAAGAUAUGCCCAUUGUUCAAAGGCGUUGGAUUCUGUGCGGUGAUGGUGGCGUUCUACGUGUCGUUUUAUUACAACGUUAUCAUUGGUUGGGCCUUCUAUUUCCUGGUAUCAUCAGCUCGCUCGGAGCUCCCGUGGGUGCACUGCGACAACUCGUGGAACACAGAGCAGUGUUGGGACUCCGGUCGAGUCAAUGGCACCAACAGAACUGACGUUCGGUACCAAGGACCGCUGUCGCAUUUCACACCAGCUUCAGAAUUCUUUCACCGAGCAGUCCUUGAAAUGCAACAUUCAGAAGGUCUGAAUGACCUUGGCUUUCCGAAAUGGCAACUGGCGAUCUGUUUGGGAUUGGUCUACGUCACUCUCUACCUCUCCCUCUUCAAAGGAGUGAAGAGCUCUGGUAAGGUGGUAUGGAUGACAGCGACGAUGCCAUACGUGGUACUGUCGAUAUUGUUGGCUCGAGGAUUACUGCUGCCUGGAGCUACCAGAGGCAUAGCCUACUACCUGCAGCCAGAACUUACCAGGUUGAAGGACACACAAGUGUGGGUAGACGCAGCUGUUCAGAUUUUCUACUCGGUUGGAGCUGGUUUUGGUGUUCAUCUCUCCUAUGCCAGCUACAAUACUUUCCACAAUAAUUGCUACAGGGAUUGCUUGGUGACUACGCUGGUGAACUGCUUCACCUCAUUCUUCUCUGGGUUCGUGAUCUUCACAUACCUCGGCUUCAUGUCCCACAAGCAAGGAGUCCCGAUAUCAUCGGUCGCUACCGAAGAUAAAGAUAGUAGAGAUAAAGAUAGAGAUAGAGAUAGAGAUAGAGAUAGAGAUAGAGAUAGAGAUAGAGAUAGAGAUAGAGAUAGAGAUAGAGAUAGAGAUAGAGAUAGAGAUAGAGAUAGAGAUAGAGAUAGAGAUAGAGAUAGAGAUAGAGAUAGAGAUAGAGAUAGAGAUAGAGAUAGAGAUAGAGAUAGAGAUAGAGAUAGAGAUAGAGAUAGAGAUAGAGAUAGAGAUAGAGAUAGAGAUAGAGAUAGAGAUAGAGAUAGAGAUAGAGAUAGAGAUAGAGAUAGAGAUAGAGAUAGAGAUAGAGAUAGAGAUAGAGAUAGAGAUAGAGAUAGAGAUAGAGAUAGAGAUAGAGAUAGAGAUAGAGAUAGAGAUAGAGAUAGAUAUAGAGAUGUGGGCCCGGGGCUGGUGUUCCAAGUGUAUCCAGAAGCAGUGGCCACUCUGCCAGGAGCGAGUCUGUGGGCCAUGCUCUUCUUUUUCAUGCUAAUCAUGCUCGGAUUAGAUUCUGGGAUGGGUGGUUUGGAGUGCGUGAUAACUGGCCUUCUGGAUCAGGCUCGAGCCUGUGGCGCCACCUGGUUGAGGCGCGAACACUUCACACUGAUCGUAGUCUGCGUAUCUUUCUGCGUGGCCUGUAUCAAUGUUACUCCGGGUGGUAUCUACAUGUUUCAUUUACUGGACACCUACGCAGCUGGUAUAUCCUUGCUCUGCUCCGCGCUCUUCGAAGCGGUUGCUGUUUCUUGGUUCUAUGGUUUGAAGCGCUUCUCUGAUGACGUGGAGGAGAUGCUCGGCUUUAGACCGGGUUUAUAUUGGAGAAUAUGCUGGAAAUUCGUCAGCCCCACAUUCAUAAUUGGUGUGGUGGUAUUCGGUCUCCUGUACCAGCAACCGCUGCAGUACCAGCACUAUACGUAUCCCCCAUGGGCCGUGGUGCUCGGCUGGGGGCUGGCCUGCUCCUCCAUCCUCAUGAUACCCAUCGUCGCGAUCUACAAGCUGAUCUCCACUCCUGGGACUUUCCGACAGCGCCUGGCUUGCUGCAUUUCGCCGGAAUCUGAACACGAAGCUAUUCGAGGCGGCGCUCCUGUCAGCCGCUUCUCUUGGAAACACUGGCUCUAUAUUUAA